UGAUUAAUAUUUUUGUCAACAAAAUUUUCCAUGCUUUUUCUGCUAUCAGACGCAAUUUCAAUGGUCCCCACUGCCCAAACUUGAUAAUUGCUUGACAGUUGUCCUUCCUAAAGCAACACACCAUAGUUCUCUUGCAAUCGCACAAAGGAAAAGACCAAGAAAUGUUUGGAACAUCGACUUUUGGGGGUGCCACAAGCACUGGUUUUGGAGCCACAGCCACAAAUGCUGCACUGACCACAAACUACAACCCUAUGAAAGAUUUUGAGGUGGUGUCACCCCCUGAUGACAGUGUCAGUUCUCUACGUUUUAGCCCAGGAACCCUUCCAUCAACAUUCCUUAUUGCUGGUAGCUGGGACAACAAUGUGCGAUGCUGGGAGGUGAAUGCAGAUGGUUCAACAGUCCCAAAAGCACAACAAACCCACACUGGACCCGUGCUUGAUUGCUGUUGGAGUGAUGAUGGUUCAAAAGUGUUCACUGCCUCCUGUGAUAAGACCGCCAAGAUGUGGGACCUGAACAGUAAUCAAGCCAUCCAAGUUGCCCAGCAUGAUGCUCCUAUAAAAACGGUGCAUUGGGUGAAGGCACCCAAUUACAGUUGUAUAAUGACCAGCAGCUGGGAUAAAACACUAAAGUUUUGGGAUACACGAUCAUCAGCACCUAUGAUGACAAUACCACUGCCUGAACGAGCUUAUUGUGCUGAUGUGCUAUAUCCGAUGGCAGUGGUGGGUACUGCCGGACGAGGUCUGAUCAUAUAUCAGCUUGAGAACCAGCCGCAAGAAUUCAAAAAAAUAGACUCGCCACUCAAGUAUCAGCACCGCUGUGUGAGCAUAUUCCCUGACAAAAAGACAAAUCAGCCGGUUGGUUUUGCUCUUGGCAGUAUUGAAGGACGGGUUGCGAUACAUUAUGUGAACCCAACAAACCCUCGUGAUAACUUCACAUUCAAGUGUCACAGAUCAAAUGGAACUCCUAAUGGUGUGCAGGAUAUCUAUGCUGUGAAUGACAUCUCAUUCCACCCUGUGCAUGGAACACUUGCAACCACCGGAUCUGAUGGACGCUUCAGUUUCUGGGAUAAAGACGCUAGAACAAAGUUAAAAACAUCCGAGCAGCUUGACCAGCCUAUUGCAGCGAGCGCAUUCAAUGCACAGGGAAAUAUCUUUGCAUAUGCGGCUAGCUAUGAUUGGUCAAAGGGACAUGAAGGCUAUGACCCUGCCAAGAUGAAACCGCAUAUCCUGCUGCGGUCAUGUUUCGACGAACUCAAACCAAGUGCAAAGAAAAAUUAAGACUAAAGUAAAAAACAGAAUCUGCGAGUACUUGUCUUUGCAAAUGGAUCUGGAUGUGAAAUGUGACACUGAAGUUAUGUUAGCUUAAGUUAGCAUGUAUAUGUAGGUAUAUGCUUAUAACACUGGACAGAACUUUGUAUGAAGAUGUUCCAUUUGGAGUUGGAUGAACAUUGCAGCCACUUAUUUGAGGACUGAGAUGGCAAUUGCCUUGGAUAGGAUAGGCUUCAGUACUAUAACCCAGGUAAAUAAAAACCAUACUACCUUGGUUAAAUUACAAAGUCUGGUGUUUUCAGUGUUUAUACUCCAGCCCUUCAAUGUGCAGUGAGUAUGGUUACAUGUACAUGUACAUGUAGCUGUGGAGUAACUCUGGCAUCUCUUGUCUCAAUUGGCAAUAUUGUAAAUAUAUUAUCAUUCAUAAAGAA